GCACGGAGGCACCACCUGGAGGCACCACCCGGAGGCGUCCUGGGGCUCGGCUGCCCUGGGAGCGACCGGAGCCGCGCGCCUGGCGUGACCCAGUGCUUGGCGGGGACCCUGGUGCCUGGCCGGGGGGUGGAGAUGCUGCCCCCCGCAGACGGCUGAGGGGGCGGAGAGCGCGGCCGGUCGCCCCGACACCGGGAUUCUGAGUUGCCGUGCUGACCGGGGGUGCCUGCGCACGGCUGCAGGGAGGCAGUGGCUGUUUGCUAAACCCCAGAGGAAGGGGACGUCCCGGGCCAGCUCUGCGGGCGACUUAGCUCCCAGCUGGGCACCAGGGAGCACCCGCCGGGCCGGGGGGACUAGUCCCCGGGGGCGCCUGCCAGGCCUCAGAGCCCCUAAGGGAGCAGGGGCCCCACCAUGCCAGCCAAGACCCCCAUCUACCUGAAGACCUCGACGCCGAAGCGGGGCCGGAAGCUGCGGCUGCGGGACGUGCUGUCGAGCGACAUGAUCAGCCCGCCGCUGGGGGACUUCCGGCACAGUGCCCACAUCGGGCCGGAGGGCGAGGGCGACAUGUUCGGGGAACUCUCCUUCCUGCAGGGCAAGUACGACCUGCUGCCCAGCCUGGGCCGGCGCCUGGCCUCGCAGAGCGCCCAGGCCGUGGGCCACGAGCCGGCCCGGGGCCCCACCGCCAGUGGCUACCGCAGCCUGCUCAAGAGCGCCGUCUCCCUGCCCGUCUUCAGCGGGGAGCCCAGCCCGGAGCAGGCGCCCCCCAAGCCGCCCCGGCUGCACCUGGAGGAGCUGCCCAGCAGCCAGCGCUCCAUGUCCGUGAGCUGUGGCGAGGGCUGUUUCCACAGCGGCCAGGGCCUGGCCUUCUCCUCCAUCUCCCACUACGACCAGCUGCCCUCCUCCGUCUCCUUCUCCGCCGCCUCCUCUGAGGGCUCCUUCCCGGGCCCCUGGGGGCUGGGCUACGGCGCCCGGGCCGGCACGGACACCCAGGAGCCCCCGUACUCCCCCGGGGCCUCUGUCCCGCGCUCCGAGUCCCUGCUGGGGCUGGACCUGGACCUGGGCCCCUCCAUCCUGGACGACGUGUUGCGGAUCAUGGAGGAGUACAAGCUGCCCGGCGCCAAGGCCCUGUAGAGCCGUCCCGGCAGCCCCCCCAUGCGCGGGCGUGCUGCCCACUCAGAGAACGCCCUGACCUCUGUGCCACCCACCGCCCCACACUCCCGCGCUGGGCCCCCGAGGGGCACCGCGGCUCUGGCCACCUGGGCUCUGUGGGGAGCCUGCUGGGCCUGGCCCCCGGAGGGGACUGGGGCACAGCUUAGCCCCUGACCCAGCGCGGCUCAGGAACUGGCCUUGGGCAUCACCUGGCGGAGGAGAACACGGCGCAUGGACGCUCUCUCCAGCUCUGCCUGUCCAGCAACAGCAGCUCGACUUCAGGAAGUUUCAGGCCUUCAGUGCUCCCUGCCCGGCUCUGCCCCCGGGCGGGCUGGGCUCGGGGCCGGCGAGGAUAUGGGCUGAGCUGUGUGCCGUGCGCCGUGCGCCGAGCAACUCGUUCUGCGGCAGCCAGAGACUCGCGGGCCCCGUGGAACGGGCUGCACCAGUGGGGACGCUCCUGGCGCUUUGCUGCUGCGCCGGCCCGGAUCCAGCCCUGGCCUGGGACCCAGCUCGGGGCUGCGGGAUCCUGCCCCACUGGGCACAGAGCCCAUAUUUAAACACUAACACCCCACCCCCCAGUGUAACCGCAGACCCCUCCCCCCCCAUGUCCCUGCCUCCUGCCAUGGGCCUUGGCUGGCCGCUGACCCUGGUGGGGGGGCUCCUGUACGCUCCAGGGCCAGGGAGACCCCGUGGGAUUCUCCACAGGGGGAAGAUCUGGGUAUGUCCCCCCCCCCCAGUCACUGCGGCAGCAUCCUUACAUCUGACCCCGCUCCCGCAGGGAGGGGCUGCCCCGUCCAGCGCCCUCCCCCACGUCCCUGCGCACGAGGACUGGGGACUGCCAGGGGGUGAGGUGGGAAAGGACGGGGAGGUUUGGUGGCUGGGAAGGGGACUGGGGAGAACACACACCCAUGCACACACAUUCACACUCGUACACUCCCUGCCCCCCCCCCACACCCAUACCCUCACACACCCCUACACACAAACCCACACCCCCCUACACAGGGCUGCCGAGAGCGGGUUCGGGCCCCGGUGAAAAAAAUUUUUCGGGCCCCCCAGCAAGGGCAGACCGGCUAAACAGGGCCGCCGAGUGGGGGGAAGCCGGGCCCUGGUAAGGCAACGAGAGGGGUGGGAAGCCGGGCCCCUUUCCAGACCGCCAGGCCCCGGUAAUUUGUACCGGCUUCCUCCCCUCUCGUCGGCCCUGCCCCUUCACACACUCACUCUUACCGUUCUUGGGUUUGUUUGCUGCCGGCACCCAGCCGCUCCCGCAUCUCCGCCAGCAGAGACUGCGGCCCCUCCGGCGUGGCCAGGCUGAAGGACGGAGCAGUCCGGGGUAGCACACCUGGGGAUCUGGCACCAAACCUUCCUGCCCCCUUGGGAGGGGGCCGCCCCACAGCCACAGCCGGGCCCCCCAGGUUCUACCCUGGGCCCCUGGAGCAUCCUUGGCAAAUCCCAGCUGGUGACGCCUGCCCCUCUCACCACAGACCUGGUGCUCCCUGCUGGCACGUGGCUUCACGUGGGAUCGUCUGGCUUGCGUCUAGUUCUGGCCCUUCAGCAGCUCCUGCCCCUUGGAGAACAGCUCCCGUCCUCCCCUUGUGAGCCCCCUGCAGCGCAUCCCCCUGCGCCCAUCACCGUGGCCUCUGAACCCCUCGCUCUCCUGCCACCUGGAGUCGUGUGUCAGCAAUAAAAGUGUUUCAUCCCCGG